AUGUCGUAUCCAAACAGAAAAACUCACACUUUAGACUGUAAACAGGGCGCCGUGCGAUCGGUUAGAUUUAAUGUGGAAGGGAAUUACUGUCUGACCUGCGGCAGUGACAAAACUAUCAAGUUGUGGAACCCUUUGCGGAACCUGCACCUGAAGACAUACACAGGACAUGGCUAUGAAGUCAUGGAGGCCCAGAGUUCGAGUGACAACUCACAGAUCUGCUCAGGAGGCAUGGACAAGGCUGUGGUACUGUAUGAUGUUUCGACAGGCCAGACUGUGAGGAAAUAUAGAGAUCAUGCUGGUACUGUGAAUUGUGUUAGUUUUAAUGAAGAAUCAACAGUCAUACUUUCUGGCUCCAUAGACUGUUCUGUGAGAGUUUGGGAUAUACGGGGUUCAAAACACAAGCCAGUACAGGUAAUGGAUGAGGCUAAGGACAGCGUGACAUCUAUCCAGGUAUCUGACCAUGAGAUUCUUACCGGCUCAGCUGACUGUUGUAUCAGAAGAUAUGAUCUCCGAAUCGGCAGGAUGUUUUCUGAUUUUGUGGGAAAAACAGUCACCUGUGCCAGAUUUACGCGGGAUGGUCAGUGUGUGCUGGUUGGCUCCACUGAUGCCUCAGUGAAGUUAUUUGAUAAAGACACCGGGGAAAUGCUCAACGAAUAUUUAGGACAUAAAAAUUCCAACUACAAAAUUGAUUGCUGCCUGAACCACAAGGACACUCAUAUUCUCAGUGGAUCAGAAGAUGGAUGUGUGUACGUUUGGGACUUGGUUGAGGCCACUCUGGUGCAUAAAUUAGAUCAUGAAGUCAGCCGAACAGUGCACUCAUUGUCAUUUCAUCCGCAAGAUCCAGUUUUGCUGACAGCUUGCGGUGACAAAGUGAUUGUUUGGGAAAGCAACGAAUCGACUGAUACUUGA